AUGGAGCAGGGCGACAACACCUCCGCGGCCUGGGAGUCCCUGGAGCUUGGCCAUGACGGGAAUAUCACCGUCGAAGAGUAUGAGUAUUACUAUGUCUGGCCCGUGACGCUGUGGAGUGUGCUGCAGGGCCUGCCGGCGGCCGUGGGGCUGCUGGCCAACACCAUCCUGCUGGUGCUGUUCGCAACAUCUCCCCGCCAGCGGACAGUGUCCAACAUCUUCCUGCUGCAACGAGCCGUGGCCGACGUGCUCAGUUUAAGCAUGAUGGUGGUCUUCAUUGCUCUCAGAGAAUCCCGCAUCGUGAAGUACAGCCCAGGCCUGUGCACGACGCUGAGCGUUGUUAAGCACGUGGGAACAGAGGCCGCCCUCGUGUUAUUCAUACUUUUCACCAUGGACAGCUACCUGGCGUCGCGUCCUCAGCACCACACGCUCCCGUACCGGAACAAAGUGAUGGGGCUGACGUCCGCGGCGGCCUGGCUCAUGGCGGCUGCCGUGGGUCUUGCUGCAUAUUUCCUCACGUACGUGGAUGACGACGGCGGGUGUAACGUGGGGCCUUUCUUUGGUAUGUUUACCCACUAUUAUUUAAGAUCAGUGGAAAUGUUUGUGUCGGUGAUGGUGCCGCUGGUGGUGGUGUGGGUGUUUGUGAGCUUGUCGCUCCCGCCCACCCCCGCCAUGCCCAAGGGGGAUGGGCAUGAAGGCCCCAACCGCCGCCUGCUGCUGGGCCUCGCCUCCACCUUCACCGUGCUCCAUGGGCUGUACUGGCUUGUUGUUUUCCUUGGAUUCGUGCUUCCCUUCCAUGCCCGACCAUUCUAUAUCAUAGAGGCUAUUGCUUUCUCUCUACCUGUCCUUAACGAGGCCAUCAACCCCAUCCUGGUCAUCUGCUUGACGGAGGGACUGCGGCAGAAGGUGGCUGGGUGGCUGCCGGCCCGCCACUCCGACUCACUGCCGCUGCAGGACCUCAUCUCUCGACAGCUGACCACAAACCACGCAGAGGCAUUCCGACACGGCGCUUACAGACACGACACCCACACCUUCGGCACCCAGACCUUCGGCACCCAGACCUUCGGAGGCUUGGGAGAGGCGCUUCUUCUCUACACCAAUAUAGUCUUGGCCCUCACGACAGCCACUACGGUGAUGGGCUAG